CGAAUCAGGAAGUGUGGUCGCGGAGUGCUGGGGUUCUGUUCAGCGAUGGGUAUGCGAGCAGCUCCCGGGUCCACGUUGUUGUUUGAGAUGUAGAGAUGGAGAACGAAGACCCUGGCUUACCUUGUAAAGGGGGCAUGGAGCUCCCUGAGCAGAAACGUGGGCUGGAUCCUACAGACAGAUAUGGUGAUGAGUCCUGCCCUUUCUCAGAGAAGCAGGAGGAGGUACCUGCUGCCCCAAAUAAUGGACCCUUGAGUAUGGUAGUUGACAAAGUGAAUGGGCAGGAGUCGCUGAGAGAAGCCCCAGAGGACUUGAGUGACAAAGAUGUGUCUGAUUCAGCCUCAACUGACAACACUUGGGAAGAUUCGAGUGAAUUUCGCCCACAAAUGGUGAUAGGUGAUGGACCAUCAGGAGAGGAGGAGGCAGCAAUACAGUCACGCCUGGCUACAUAUCGAGAUGAAGAUGUGACUGCUGAGAGUUGGCGGGCCCACAGGAAACAUGUCUUCAUUUUAAGUGAGGCUGGGAAACCCAUUUACUCACGUUACGGCAAUGAAGAAGCCCUCAGUUCCACCAUGGGUGUCAUGAUGGCACUGGUGUCAUUCAUCCAAAGUGGGGAUAACUCUAUUCGCUCCAUAUACUCUGAUGAUCAUAAACUGGUUUUUGUGCAGCAGGGCCCCUUGGUACUGGUUUCAGUUUCACAUACCCUACAAUCAGAGCAGCAGCUACGCCAGGAGCUUUUGUACGUCUAUGAUCAGAUCAUCAGCAUGCUUACCCAGGCCAGCAUCACCCGCAUCUUUGAGCGGAAAAAGAACUAUGACCUCCGGCGUCUGUUGACUGGCUCAGAGAAGAUCCUUGACCGUUUGCUGAACCUGGUAGAAUCAGAUCCUUGUUUCCUCCUUGGAGCUGUACGCUGCCUUCCCCUCCCCGCCUCCCUCCGGGAUUCCCUGGGCACUUUGCUCCAGAAAGCCAUCACCCCUAAUCUGGUCUUCUCCAUUUUGGUGGCUCGUAGUCAACUGGUCACCACAGUGCAGGAGAAAACAGUCAUUGAAGAUUGCCGGUUGGAACCUACUGACCUGCACCUGUUGCUCAAUCUCAUUGGGGCAACCUCUGCCUUCCAAACUGGGGAAAUUUGGACACCUAUUUGUUUGCCACGUUUCAACCCUGAUUGUUACUUUUAUGCUUAUAUUUCUUAUUUGGAUUCAGAAUGUACUGUCUGCCUCAUCCUUCUCUCCACGGACAAGGACUCUUUCUAUUCUGUCUCGGACUGCAAGAAACGAAUUGAGGAGGGCAUGAGGACUCAGAACUACCUGCAGGCACUCUCAAGUGGCUUAAAGAGCCCAUCUUAUAGUGUGGGGCUGGUGGGAGUGCCAGAUCUUCGGCACUUUAUGUAUAAACCUCUGGAUAUACCGGAUAAUUACCGACAGCUUCCCCAGUUCACCAGUCCAGAACUGGAGGGACCAUAUUGCAGUGAGAAUGAACGGCACCGACUCUUUGACCUCUACCACUACCUUCAUGGUCGCAUCCACAGUACCUCGCGUCCUCUACGGCUCAUCUACCAUGUAGCUGAAAAGGAGACCUUAUUGGCUUGGGUCACCAGUAAGUUUGAAUUAUAUACAUGUUUCAAUCCUUUGGUGACUAAAGCUGGUGCCAUCAAUGUCUUGACCAAGCUGUUACGUUGGAUAAAGAAGGAAGAAGACCGGCUCUUCAUCCGUUACCCACCCAAGUAUUCCACUACACCUAAUCCUGGCAAAGGAAGCAGGGCCCCCCGAACGGAUGGUCCUGAGAAUGGCUUCUUUGGAGGAGGUCACUAGACCUAGGACUUCCAGUUGCUCUGAAAUGCAUUCUGAACGUGUGCCACCUUACAGAUAGCCCUGGAUGAUGGAACUGUUCUGUGAGCUGGGGAUGCUCCUGGUCUUGUUCUCUAAGCCAGGAUGGGGGAGGUGGAUAUGAGAAGGAUCAGAGCUUGUCAGGCUGAGCUGUGUCCCUUUGUUGGAGAUAAAUUCAGAAAGCUUUAGCCUGAUGUUUUUAAAUAUUUUUUUCCACUUGUAGGGAGGUACUGAGUCUGGGUAGAGAUCCUGAGAUUGACUGGGAAUAGCUAAGGAGGCUUUGGCUGAUACAUCUCUGGAAGUGACACAUAACUGGAAGUUAUGGGAUUUCACAAGGAUUGUGCUUAAAUUACAUUGACGCUUCUGCAGCCUAGUGGGUUUACAUUUCUUUUAGUGAGUGCUUCAUUUUCUCCAUUCAGAUUCCUCUUUCUCCUUAGCAAUUUACUCAUGCUGAAUGCUAUUUCUUUCUCCAGAGUAAAAUCAGGAGGUAGGGAAUCUGGCUUGCUCUGCUUGUCUCAAAGAAUAUUCCAAAUGGGGUAAUAGUGGAAAGACAGCCCCAGUUGGAGACAAAAAAUAAAGUUAUUCUUAGAAAAGUUUGAAAAUACUUGCUGCUUUCUUAUAAACUGCUUGAUUGUCCAUAGUUCUUCUGGAAUGGAUGUCCAUGGCAGAUCUACAGUAGUGAAUGCUGCAGAUUUAUUGGAAGGCUGGCACUUUCAGACAGUGUAAUUUAGUAAGAUGAUUUUCUACAAAGGUAGCUGAUUUGAAUCAUUUUAAUGCAACUUUGGGAGUAAGUCAAAAAACCCAGUUCCAAAGAGUCUUUUAUCCUGGGACUAUCUAGCAGUAUUUUUGAUUAACAUACAUGUUGUAUCUUCAUUUUGUACUAUAAUUACCCUUUGAGUGAGAGAGGCUGCUUCAUCCCUUUGUUUUGAUACCAUGAGAAGGUAUAUAAUGUGUGAUAUGUGGUAUAUAAUGUGUGAAGGGUAUUUUGUAGUCCUUUGAAGAAUUUGAUGUCUGUAUGUAAUCGCUCAAUUUGUACAAUGUAAUUAAUUAUGAUGGAAUUUUGACUUACUUUUUAACGUCUUAAGUUUGAGCCUAACUGGAUUUAAACUGUCCCUUUGCCUUCCAUAACUUUCUUCCUGUCUUCCUUAUCUUCUCUUGCUCUGUUUUUCAUGUUUUAAAAUUCCUACUUGAAUGAUACACUGCUCUUAAAAAGGUUCUUGUAUUUUUCCUAUAUUGAGAUGCCCCUGUUCUCUUUCCCCACUGCAUAACUAGGAAGACACAAAACCCCAUUGUAAACUUACUUUUGGGUUUAGUACUGACACAUAUCUCUCUUCUCAUGUCUGCCAAGUUCAGACUUUGUCUGGAUGUACUAGCAGAUGGGAAAAUGUUCUUGAAAGGUGACACCACUGACAAGCAGUUAAGAGUUGCAUCCUUUCCCUUCCCAAGCAGCUGCUGCUCUGCCAUGCAAAAUGUGUCCUGUAUAAAUUUGCUGCUCUCUUACUGGAUCUUUUUUGUGUUUGUAUCCUUCAUAUUUGUUAAAAAUAAGACUUAGGUUUGGGAGCGUAAUCCUGCCCCUCUGUCCUAUCUUAUGAUGGAGGAGGGGAGAGGUAGUAUUAAUUAUGUGCAUAGUGAGGGAAGACUUAAUUUAACCUGGGAUUCCUGGGUAAGUGUGUUGGUAGUGUUGAACUGAGUAUGAAAUGGAUUUGACCCUCUUUGCCAAUGCUACAGGAAGCGAAGGAAUUACAUUCUUUUGAAGGGUGCAUCUGUUGCUAUUCAGUUCCUUCUCGUGGUGCAGGCUUGCUUCUGGCUGGCAUUUUUUUCUACCCUGAUAAAAGAACAGCACUACUUGUAUGCACCGUAUGGCUGGCUGACGACGAAGGUUUAUAUUUCUAGCUAAGCUGAUACAGUGAGAACUGGAAACUUCUGAUUAAAGUCCAACAAAAUCCAUUUUAGAAUCAGCUCCAUCUUGGCAUGUGUCUGUUCCUUUCUCCAUCUGCUGGUAUGCUCAGCAAAAAAAAUCUCUAUGCAAAGAUCCAACUGCAUUAUUUGAUUCCAGCAAUCCUCUGGGGCAAUGUUGCAAAUAAUAAGGCUGUUUCUUUCAACUGUUAAAACUAAGUCUGUUUUAAUUGUAUGCAAUCUAGGUGAUCAGUUAGUUAAUUUAUUUAAACCUAAUCAAAUCUGGAUAUAUGGAAGAAAGCAAUGACUGUAAAAGAAGGUCAUUUUAAACAUGCCUUUCUUAGCAAGGCAAACUCCUAAAAGUGGCAUUCUUCCUUCUCAUUUAGAAGGGAAAGAGUUUUGACGGUUGCUGCAUUCUGUAAGUACUUGUAGUGUAAGUUCUUGUACUUUUAUACAAGUACUUCUGUAUGUACUUGUAGUCCCUGUGGUUAAAAAAAAGAAAAGAAAAGGAACCUAUUUAAUUGGGAGUGCUUAAUCUAUGCAAAUGAUUUUAAUCAAUUUAAUUAUUUAAUUAACUAGAUAUUGAAGAUGUGCAAAAAGUUUACUAACUUAACGCUUUAUAACGUUAAGUUAUAAGUUAAGUUAUAACGAGGCUGCCUGUUUUUAUGUAGUUUGGCUAAUAAUUAUUUGCUUGAAAGAACCAGGUUUUUUUUAUCUGGAAGAGAUUCCUUCUUAUCAGAUGUAAGAAACAUACAGAGUUUCCCCCCCCUAUCUUCUGUGUUAUAAAAUUUACCUUGAGACUGUACUCAACUGAUAACCAGUGGCAUCAAAAAUAUCAAAGAGAUCCCAUAAGUGGAACUGGAAAUUUAAAAGUUACGUUCUCUUGAACUCUAAAGUUUAGAGAGAGGUAAACUGUAAUUUCUAAACAAUAUUUUUCUGUAACAGUUGAGGAAGAAAAAGGAAAUCUGAAACACUCAACAAAAAACAUAAUGCUAUUGUCAGUGGGCAUUCUGCAUGUUGACUAUGUUUUUCUUCCUUUCCUUAUUUUGUGUCUUUCGUGCAGUUGACUUUGUUCCUUCUGCUGGGCUCAAGAGACAAUUCUGUCCUAUGCAAAUUAGCUGGCAUUAAUGAGUUAUGUGUAGUGUUACAACAUAUACUUCACUGAGAUGUUAAUUUAUUUACUUUUAAAUUAUUAUUAUAUUUAUAAACCUUCUCUUUAGACAAGUAAAGACCAAAGGAAAAGAUGUCCAGGUGGUCUAUAAAUACUAAUUUGAGAAUAUUCGGAAUUCUCAGAGUGAACAAUACACAAAAGAAAGUCUGUCAAAGCUAUGUGGGACAAGGCUGAGGUGCAAUGCUGUCUGCCUAAGGGCUUUUCUCCACUGCUGAGUUAAAAUGCUAUCUGCUAGUCUUUGAGUUGUCAAAAAACUAUAGUAGCGUGAAAUUUUCUCUUCCCAUUGCUGAUCCUGCUGUUACUGAGCAUGUUCCAGGUCAUUGCCAGAUGGUGGUAUCUAAAUUAUACAUACUGUAUGUCAUCAGCUAAUGGGACUUAUGGCACUGUAGUAGAAAUGGGACAGGUCUGACUACGGGAUCCUGUCCACCUUCUUUUGAGCCCUCUUCCUGUACCCUAGUCAGACAUGACACUUUGAAUAAAGUUUUUUUGUUAAAGAUUGGACUCAAAAAGGAAGUUGAGUCAUAAGCAGCAGGAUUUCUCUCCCCUUCUCAUUCUUUCUUUAUGUAGAGAAUAAAUGCUGACUUCUAGAUUCCUUUGUGGACUAUUUGAGAGGCAACUGGAAAGAAUUUGAUCUUGUCAUUUUAGUGUUGCCCUAUUUUAGUGAUUUAUGCUGCUUCAGCCUGGUUUUGUUAACACCAUUCCACAGUUCUGCUGCUUCAGCCUUACUUUAGAGCAGUUGAAAUAUUGACAGUAUUGAGCUGUACCCAGCUCUUUAGAGCUGAUGGCAAAAUAGUGACAGAGGAAGAUGACAGACUGGAGAAGAGGGGGCAUGCUGCAUCCCCCAGAAUUUGCCAGAAGGUGCCACUCUGAUCCCACCCACACUGGUCACCCGAAGGCCUUUCCCCAAUUGCACCUAACCAUGAAACAAACAAGCCACUUUUCUGUUGUGUCCCCAGAGUAUUGCCUUCAUCUCACCCCCAAUUUAUGCUGAGACAAGCUUUACUCAUUCUUAGCUGUACUGCUUAAGCUGACGUUUUCCUUAAGCUGACAACAUCCAACAGCAGCUGCGAUGGGUAUAAAAUUGGUUAUGCUUUGCCUCCCAUUACAUUGGAGAUGAAGCAGGUUUUGAACUCUAAUUUGGACAUUCAUUUGUCACUUUUACUCAAUCUGUUGUCCUGUCUGGAAUAGGGGGAGCGCAACUUAACAUUGCUGAUGGCUGAUCCACUUAAAACUAUACCAAACCUAGCGUGGAAUGGAUAUAUUUGUAUCGCAGAGGUGGGAUGCACUUCAGCCAUGGUUCAUGCCAUUUAGACCUAUCUGGACUCUUUCUGCAUGUCCCCCUUCCUCCAGGGAGUGUGGAGGUGACUUACAUGUUUUUGGAUCUCUCCUGAAAGUGUUGGCUGUUUUCUGUUGUAAGAUGUUGUAUACUUGAAGAGCAUAUUUUGAAAACAGACUUGAAAAACAAGGCCACAUUUUCAAAAGACAUUUUUUUCUUGUCUGGGCUACACAAAGAUAGUCAGAGCUUUUCUCCUAGGUUUCUUUUCUCUUUGUCACAAAACCUGUCAGCAGUUAUCCUGCAGCUGCAGAAUAAAUUAGAUUUCACAUUACCAAUGGAAGAAUAUUAUAUUAUGUGUAGGUGAAAAUUGUGUGUAAUUUUUCAUUACAUUGGAAACUGGAGGCAGGCAAGCCAAUUGUAUUUAAAUCCAGGCAGGAUAAAAAAGUAAUGCGUGGCAAGCUUUGUGGCAUGAAGGGCUUGAGUCCAUAACAUAAAACAAACAUGGGCAAUGUUUUACUGCCCAGAGCUGUACUUUUAUUUUUACCUUUUUCAGCCACUGAGGGCCACGGCGGGGCUGGUGAUAUGGUAAUCUCCCUGGAGGAGGUGGAGCUGCCUUUUUUGUUUUGUUUUUCUAAAAAUGGCCUGGGUAUUCCUUUAAUGCAAAAUAAUGUGUUGUUUUAUGUGUCCCCUCUCCUGAAAUUGCACUGCUGUCAAAUUGUGGGAAUGCUAUGGAGGGGAGGGUGCCUGGGGGCUGCAAAAAUGGGUCUAGGGAUCACAUGUGCAUCCUGACUUAAUACAUUUGGCCUAUUCUAUUCAUUUAGCGUGGGGCACUGCUGGAUUAAUGACUGAGUUUGAGUAUCCAGGGACUGACAGUGAUUUUUAUUUUUAGAAUAAGCUAUGAUCUUUUCUGAUAGAUACAAGUAAUUCAGGCCUUUGGAAUGCUACAGGUAGGCCCAAUAAUGUCUAUUUAUAUAGGAUUUUGUAUAGGUGCUUUCAAUGGCUACCUGAAAGGUCAAGGAAAAUCCUAUAUGCUUGCGUGUCUCUUCUCUCUCUCCUUGUUAUUUACCAAAUGUAUUUCAAGGAGCUGGUGAUGACCAGUAAAGCUGUAAACCUUGUGCUAUGCCAGAAGCAUUUCCACCCGAGAAAUGCUUCUGGCAUAGCACCAAUUGUAAGCCGCCCAGAGUCACAAAUGUGAGAUGAGUGGCUAAUAUAAAUAUAAAUAUAAAUAAAAUAAGUACAUCAUCCAUUGUAAAAUUCUGUAUGUUGGGAGACUUAAAGCCAAGACUCCUUUAAUUUUGGAAGCAGUAUAAUUCAAGUUGGCUUUGUUUGCUCUGGACAGAGCGGGUCUUACAAACUAAUUUCUUCUGAGCUGGGAGGGAUUGACUUGAUUGUUUAAAAAAAUGUCAUCUUUCCUUUUUUGGUGCUAAAUGAAGAGUAAUUCCCAGUCUGUUAUUAAUUCAAACAGCUCCUCAUUUUCCAGAAACAUGUGUUUGACUUUUGUUUCUUGAACUUGAAAAAUGUAACUUUCUAGCAGAUCAUGUUUUCAGUCUUUUUGCUUUUCUUCCAUCUUUUUCCAUUCUCCACACUUUGCUGGACACAGCAUUUCUCUGAUCCUCUUCAGUUGUAUAACCUUCCCUAGGAUCUUGUAUUAGUUACAUAGUGUCUUAGGACGGUUACACUUGACCAUUGUUUUAUUUCCCCCUUUUUGCUGCUUUUGUAUACUAUAGAAAACUUGAUGGAGUGUUGUAAGCAAAGUAUCCUUGGCCCAAUCAGAGCAUUUCUCUUGGACACAGUCUCUGAGGUCUUGAAGGAAGAACUGAGCUCUUGUAAAUAAAUAAUAAAGCUAUGUCAACAGCUACACUUGAAGGAGCCUAAUAAAAUACUGGAGACUUAA